AUGCUCCUGCGCCAUGAGCAACUAUCCGUCAUGAGAGACCCAAAUUUGAAUAUGGAACAAAACCCUACAGGGCAGGAAGCCAUCGCGCCAGCAGCUGAACCUCGAAGAGCUCGCGUAACAUUUGGUCCUGCGACAGAUGCGGACAUCCGUCCUCGUGAUGGGUCCCCCAGACCGGUGGCCGCACAUCACCGAUCCUUUACGAGCGUGGAAUCGCAGAGACCGGAUUUGACUUCCACUCCAGCACGACCAAACAGCUCGGCGGAGAAGACGACUGCUGCAGAUGGACCUCCGGAUCGAGCCUCGGUCGGACGACAGGCCCCAGCUCUGCAACGCACGAGGAGCGACUACGGACCAAGAUCAGGGGUCGACCGAUCAGUCUCAGGGGACGAUGAUGAUUUUGCAAUGAGGCAUGGAUGGCAGGAGGAGUAUACUUCAAGCGAGUACUUGAAGAUCCUGCAUUCGAACUUUUACAUGUACUUCACCGAAAAGCGCCAUGAGACGAGCGGUAUCCCCAAGGAACCGGAUGAAAGCUGGGCGAACCAGGACUGGCGUAUGAGGGAUCGUCUGAAGACAGUCUCCGCUGCGUUGGCCAUCUGCCUCAAUAUCGGCGUCGAUCCUCCCGAUGUUGUCAAGACGAACCCCUCGGCGAAGCUAGAAUGCUGGGUGGAUCCAACAGCAACCACCGGUGGCGGUCAAAACAAGAUAAUGGAGCAGAUUGGAAAGAAGUUGCAGGAGCAAUACGAGACCCUCAGCUUGAGGACAAGAUACAAACAGUAUCUGGACCCCUCUGUGGAUGAAACGAAGAAAUUCUGUAUCUCGCUUCGUCGAAAUGCCAAGGACGAGAGAGUGCUGUUCCACUACAAUGGUCAUGGAGUGCCACUGCCGACCCAAUCUGGCGAGAUCUGGGUUUUCAAUAAGAACUACACUCAGUACAUCCCAGUGUCGCUAUACGAUCUGCAGUCGUGGCUUGCAGGACCUAGUCUGUUCGUCUUUGACGUUUCUCAUGCCGGCAACAUUGUACACAAUUUCCACGCGUUUAUCGAAAAGCAUGAAAAGGAGAACAUGGAGGCAAAGAAGCGAGAUCCAAAUGCCCCCGUGCAGAAUUACAGCGACUGCAUUUUGCUGGCAGCUUGUCAAAAGAAUGAGACUCUACCUACCAAUCCCGACUUACCGGCCGAUCUGUUCACUUGCUGUCUAACCACUCCCAUUGAAAUCGCUCUUCGAUACUUUAUCCUGCAAAACCCUCUGCCGAUGAACAUCUCCAUUGAUGAGUUCAGAAUCCCCGGACGACUUCAGGAUCGCAGAAGUCCCCUUGGGGAGCUCAACUGGAUCUUCACGGCGAUUACCGACACUAUUGCGUGGAAUACCCUUCCACGGCCUUUGUUCAAGAAGCUCUUCCGACAGGACCUUAUGGUCGCGGCCCUGUUCCGGAAUUUCCUGCUCUCGGAACGCAUAAUGCGUACAUAUCAAUGUCACCCGAUGUCUUCGCCCGAGCUGCCAGAAACCCACAACCAUCCGCUUUGGCAAAGUUGGGAUUUAGCUAUCGAGAUGGUCUUGAACCAACUCCCGGCCCUGAUUGAGCAUGAGGAGGGACGCAGGCACUAUGAAUAUCAGCAUUCCACCUUCUUUGCCGAGCAAUUAACCGCGUUCGAGGUUUAUCUUUCGUCUGGUCCCACAGAGAAGAAUCCUCCCGAUCAGUUGCCGAUCGUUCUGCAAGUGCUCCUAAGUCAAGCACAUCGAUUGCGGGCUUUGAUUCUUUUAAGCAAGUUCCUCGAUCUUGGCCCCUGGGCGGUCCAUCUGGCUCUUAGCAUUGGUAUCUUCCCCUAUGUGGUCAAGCUGUUGCAGUCAGCCGCGCAGGAGCUCAAGCCAGUCAUGGUCUUCAUCUGGGCACGGAUAAUGGCAGUCGACCAUACCGUGCAGAAUGAUCUCUUGAAAGACAACGGUAUCCAUUACUUCAUCACGAUCUUGAACCCUUCAUCACCUAUUCCUGUCGGGAAUGCCAGUGAACAUCGAGCGAUGUGCGCAUUUAUCGUCUCUAUAUUCUGCAAGAAUUACCCUCAAGGCCAGAACGUGUGCCUUUCACCGGAGCUUUUCGACUCUUGCUUGAAGCACCUGACGGAUGUAGAGAAUCCUCUGCUUCGACAAUGGUCUUGCCUCUGCUUGAGCAUGCUCUGGCUGGAUUUCCCUGAUGCGAAAUGGAUGGGUAUCCGCUGCUCUGCCCCACAAAGACUUUGCGAGCUCAACUUCGAUCCAGUCCCUGAAGUACGAGCUGCUAUGCUGCAUGCCUUGACGAAUUUCCUCGGCAUCCCGGACCUGACGGACCAGGUUGCUCAGAUUGAGGAGUCCAUUGCUAUGGCGAUAUUGCCGAUGGCUGCGGAUGGAAGUGCGCUGGUCAGGAAAGAACUUCUGGUAUUUUUCUCGACCUUCGUGAAACGUUACCAAAACAAGUUUCUGGUCGCGGCAUAUGAGGAAUUGGUGGAGGAGAAACACAUGCUUCUCCGUAAACUCCAGGACGAAACAUCGCAUUCCCUUCACCUUAACGGGGGGGCUAUGCAAAACGGCGCCGAAGAUUCUCACGGCGAUUUCCACUCUCUGUCUCGCAAUACCACCUUUGGGACGAUUUGGAAGCAAUUGCUCAUUCUUUCCGUGGACCCGCAUCCUGACAUCGCCCAGGACGCCAGCAUAAUUGUUGACUAUAUCCACUUGGCGCUUUUGCAAUCUCCGAUGGCCAGUCUGACUGCCAAAAUCAGAGAUGAAAUUAUGGAAAUCACCAAUCGUCUUAAUUCAUCAAAGCCACAGUCUGCAGAAGCGCCCGAAACCAAAGCCUCGCGUCCAGGAACCCCACCGUCGCAGCCUCAGCAAAAACAAGAAGGGUACUUCUCAUUGAGCAUGAAGAGGACGGCUAGUGUUGCGGCUUCGCUCAAGAACCUUGCUUUUGGUAGUUCUUCAUCAACGGAGCAGAGACCUCCGUCUCCUAAACCGAAGACAUCCCCCGUCAAAGGCAGGGUGCCCAUAACCCCUCGAGGACGAGCUCCACCGGAAUGGACUAGACCUCCUGAGGUGAACGACGAGGUCGCUCCUGCUGCAGCAUAUCAUCAAGCUCCUACUCCAACCUCACGAGGAUUUGAACCCAGGGAUCCGCUUGCACCUCCUGUUAUACCCUUGAAGAGCAGAUUCCUUGAGUGGUCCACCGAGUAUUUCCGAGAACCACAGAUGAAGCCCAAUGAGCCCGAUGAGCCUGGCAGCGCUGACUACAACGAGCGUCUCUGGCGACGGAGCCGAAACGAAAAGAUUAUAGCAGAAACGCAACCGUUGAAGGAGAAAGCCGGCAGCAGUCGAUGGCAACAUUCAAUGGCAUUGUUGACAAAUGACACCCAGCCCAUGAAGUUGUGCUUCCAUCAAUUCGAGGACCAACUUGCAGUUGGAGAUGACAGAGACACUAUCUCAAUAUGGGAUUGGCAGCGAAACAUCCGCCUCAACCGCUUUUCGAACGGCAACCCACCUGGUUCCAAGAUAAAUGAGAUUCGGUACAUCAAUGAAGAUGAUCAAGCGCUGUUGAUGACAGGUUCAUCAGACGGCGUUUUGAAAAUCUUCAGAAAUUACGAAUCUCCAAAGGAUGUGGAAAUUGUCACUGCUUUCCGUGCCUUGCCAGAACUCAUUCCAAGCAACAGAAAUGCGGGCCUGGUUUUUGAUUGGCAACAAGGCCAAGGAAAGGUUCUGGUGGCUGGCGACGUGAAGGUGAUCAGGGUCUGGAACGCGGCUACUGAAGUUUGCACGACCGACAUAUCAGCACGUUCGGGGUCAUGCAUCACUUCUCUGACAUCGGAUCAAGUUGCCGGAAACAUCUUCGUUGCAGGAUUUGGAGAUGGGGCAGUGCGUGUUUUCGACCAACGCCUCAAGCCUACGACCGCCAUGGUCAAGGUCUGGCGUGAGCACAAGCAGUGGAUCACCAACGUCCACAUGCAGCGAGGUGGCGUGAGAGAGUUGAUCUCGGGAAGCCGGAACGGUGAGAUUCGACUGUGGGAUCUCCGAAUGAAUGAUCCGAUCAACACGAUCUACGCGACGAAAGAUACGCUACGCACGUUGAGUGUCCACGAACAUGCACCUGUCUUCACAAUGUAG